ACCAAAAUUCCCAUACAUCGCAACUCCUUGCGACGAAAAGAGGUAUCGUCUCACCGGAUCCACACUACCAGCUGGACUUACGCAUGAUCGCAUACGCGUAAAUUGCGCAUGGAUGCACGAUAGGCUCUGGCCGCAAAAGUCCUUCGUCGUCGAAGCGAUUCUCUGUGCUCAGGCAGGAGAGCUGGAAGUGGAGUCAGAACGCUGAAGAGACAAAAGCACGUAAGAAACAUUCGACGUUUGCCUGAUCCAGCACAUACCUCCUGAGAUCGAGAGUGGGUACGCACGAUAGCGACGAGCUGUUAUCAGAACCUUCACGACACGCGAACCACGUAAACUCGCUUCUUUCAUCGUCCGCCCAUCAUGGCGGCGACAUCAUCUAUGUACAUGUACAGCAUGACGCUGCAGCCUACGACGGCCAUCCAGCAGGCCAUCGCUGCGCAGUUUAUGGGCAUCAAAGAGCAGCAGCUCCUUACCGCUACUGGCUCCCGACUCACCCUGUAUCGACCGGAUGCUCGUAACAGCGUCAUAACGCCCAUCAUGUCACACGAUGUCUUCGGCAUAAUACGAGCAAUGGCAUCAUUCAGAGUGGCUGGAGGUAGCAAAGCAUACCUAGCAGCGCUUGUGUUACCGACGACGAAUCUAUUGAUGUAAAGCGCACGGCACGGCUUGAUUAUAUCAUUAUAGCGUCAGACUCCGGACGGAUUGCAAUUCUUGAAUACAUGCCCGAUGAAAACCGAUUUAAGCGAGUGCACUUGGAGACAUAUGGCAAAUCGGGCAUCAGACGAGUCAUUCCUGGCGAGUAUCUGGCAGCAGACCCGAAAGGAAGAGCAUGCAUGAUUGCUUCCAUCGAGAAGAACAAGCUCGUUUACGUGCUCAACCGCACGGCCAACGAGAGCCUUACCAUUUCAUCUCCCCUCGAAGCACAUAAGCCCCACGCUCUUGUCUUUGACCUUGUCGCACUCGACGUCGGCUACGAAAACCCAGUGUUUGCGGCAUUAGAGAUUGACUAUGGCGAGUCGGAUGCAGAUCCUACCGGUCAGGCCUACGCUUCUUUGGACAAGGAGCUGGUCUAUUACGAGCUUGAUCUUGGCCUAAAUCAUGUCGUCCGAAAAUGGUCUGAGCCGGUAGAUAGAUCGGCAAACAAGCUUUUCCAAGUGCCAGGUGGAGCGGACGGUCCCAGCGGUGUCCUUGUCUGCAGCGAAGAUUUCAUUGUUUACCAUCAUUCAAAUCAGUACCAGACUCGCAUUCAGAUACCGCGUCGGCAGACUGCCACAGAAGACACUGCACGCAAGCGUCGGAUUGUUUCAGGCACGAUGCAUAAAAUGCGUGGGAUCUUUUUCUUUUUGCUCCAGACAAACGACGGCGAUGUGUUCAAGCUUACGAUGGAUCUGGUUAAAAAUGAACAAGGAAAGCUGACGGGGGAGGUCGGCCAGCUCAACCUCAAAUUCUUUGACACGAUUCCCGUGGCAAGGAGCCUGUGCAUCAUGAAGAGCGGCUUCUUGUUUGCUGCCUCUGAAAGUGGGGAUCAUGGACUGUACCAGGUCAUGGCACUUGGGGAUGAGUCUGAUGAUCCCGUUUUUAGCAGCGAGUCAAUAUCGCGAGACUUCCCACAAGUUUUGUACCCCGACUCAAGAGUCAGCUACGAAGUCAAUAUGUUCAAGCCCAGACCAUUUCAGAACAUCGACCUUGCUUCGAGUCUGAACUCCUUGCAUCCACUCAUGGGCUUGCAGGUAGUAAAUCUAGAGUAUCAAGAGGCGCCAGAACUGUAUGCCAUCUGUGGUGCUGGCCCGCGUAGCACCUUUCGAAACGUGCGGCAUGGUCUUCAAGUGACUGAGCUCAUCGCACAAGGUCUGCCAGAGCAACCAGUCCGUAUUUUUACAACGCGGCUACGAUACAAUGAUGCUGUCGAUGCUUAUAUCGUCCUUGCUUAUCAGCACAAUACUCUCGUCCUCGGUGUUGGAGAUUACAUCGAGGAGAUCAGCGAUUCUGGCAUCAACACGUCUGUUACUACUCUCGCAAUCCAGCAGAUGGGUGAAGACUCAGUCAUUCAAGUUUUUCCCAAAGGUAUCCGGCACAUUUCUGCUACAGGUGGCAUCAACGAUUGGGAUGUGCCUCAGUAUAGGACCAUUGUUGCCGUUGCCACAAAUACGCAGCAGGUGGCCGUUGCCCUUAGCUCAGGUCAUCUUGUGUAUUUCGAAAUGGAUCAAGAUGGUGAGUUGAAUGAAUAUGGCGAGUCUCCACAAAUGCCAAGUGGUGUUACCGCUUUAGCCAUGGGUGAGGUUCCAGAAGGCAGGCAGCGCAGCCCAUACCUCGCAGUGGCAUGCGACAACUCCACCGUUCGUAUUUUGAGUCUAGAUCCGGACUCCACACUAGAGAAUAAGUCGAUACAGGCCAUCUCCGCUCCCGCAUGCUCGCUGUGUAUUAUGUCGAUGGUCGACUCAUUCUCUGGCAGUCCGACUUUGUACCUCCAUAUUGGGUUAACGAGUGGUGUAUACAUCCGGACUAUCCUGGACGAGAUCACAGGUGACCUAUCUGAUACACGAUCGCGGUUUCUGGGCGUGCAGCCAGUAAAGUUGUACAGUGUCCAACUACCUACCCAGCGAGCUAUCUUAGCACUUACCUCGAAGUCGUGGCUCGGGUAUGCAGAUGAGCAAACCAAAAUGUUUACAUUAGCACCGCUGGAUUAUCCAGCACUGCAGUCUGCCUGGAGUUUCCAUUCUGACCAAUGCCCUCAUGGUAUCAUUGGAGUGGAUGAGAAGAAACAGUUGAGAUUCAUACAAACACAUAAGCUUGACACGGUACUACGACACGUAUCAGUUCCACUUGAGAACACUCCACGCGCCUUCGUCAAGCACCCUGACAUGGGACCGGACAGCAUACGUCCAUAUUUCUACAUCAUUGAGGCGGAUAACAAUACACUUUCUGCACGCAAUCGUAAGCGUUUGAAGGACGAGCAGAAAAAUGGUGACGUUGAGGAGCUGCCACCCAAAGAUUUCGGACUCCCGAAGGCAGACCGUCAUUGGGCGUCUUGUCUCCAAAUUGUCAAUCCCCUAGGCUACAAUGAAGCUCGCGGCCCAAUUGCAUACGACGAUGACGAAGGCAGGCUUCUUGAUCCUGAAGGCGUAAUCGAUACCCUAUACUUUGAAGAUGACGAAUGUCCGACUGCCAUCACAGCCCUCGAGUUUGAAGGCGCGCAUCUUGCUGGUAGGAUCUUCGUCGUUGUUGGUACAGCACAAAACCUUGUCGUUUCGCCGCGCUCUUUUGGUUGCGGCUUUCUUCAUGUCUACGAAGUCACUAACGGGGGUCGUUCUCUCGAAUUUAUACACAAGACCAGAGUCGACGCCCCACCCACCGCGCUUGGUGUCUUCAAAGGCCGUAUCCUUGCCGGGAUUGGCUCAAAUCUAGUCAUGUAUUCUCUCGGUAUAAAGCAAAUGCUUCGAAAGGCCCAGGCCCGCAACGCCGUGCCCAACUUGCUGACCAGCAUUGAGGUAAUGGGGUAUAGGAUCAUUUGUGGUGAUAUCCAAGAAUCCGUCACCUAUGUUGUCUACAAACCAAAUGAGAACAAGCUCAUCCCUUUCGCUGACGACAGCGUUGCUCGCUGGACAACCUGCACCACUAUGGUUGACUAUCGCACAGUUGCCGGCGGUGACAAAUUUGGUAAUCUCUGGCUUGUUCGCGUGCCCGAAAAGGCUUCAGAAGAAGCGGACGAAGAAGGCGCGGCGGGCCAUCUACUCAACGAGCGCGGUUACCUAGGCGGUACGCCUAAUCGAGUCGAACUUCUGAUCCACAAUUUCGUAAAUGACAUCCCGACCUCGCUCACGAAAGCAGCUCUUGUCUCCGGCCAGAAGGAGAUGCUCAUCUACUCCGGGCUGCAAGGUACCAUCGGUGCCCUCAUUCCCUUCGAUUCACGCGAGGAUGCGAAUUUCUUCCAAUCUUUGGAGUCUGAAAUGCGGAAGGAGGACCCUCCAUUGGCAGGUCGUGAUCACUUAGUAUAUCGGGGACAGUACGUGCCGGUCAAGGGAGUCGUUGACGGCGACCUAUGCGAGAGGUUUUUCUUAUUGAGCCACGAGAGCAGAGAAAGGAUCGCCGCGGAGCUGGACAGGAGUGUGAGAGAGGUUGUGAGAAAGGUCAGUGACAUGAGGACCAAGUUUGCCUUCUAAGCUACGCAAGGUUUCGACUAUGACGAACGUAUGGACAGUGAAUAUACUGUCGAAAAUUUCACCUUGCGCCCCUGGGCACGUUCGGUGCCUUGUAGAAUAGCAUGUGAACACUAAGAUUUCAGCGAUGGCGGAAGAGGAAGCACGCUGGCUCUCAUAAUCCGCUUAAUCAACUUGAAUACCCACGCCCUGCAAUUCCCAUAGAAAAAGUCGACUCCGUCCACAUGCGAACAAUAACACUCAUACUCGUCCGUAUGCCCCGAGCUUCGCAGGCGGCAG